ACUUCUCCAAACACCAUAAUUUUUAUUUCCAACCAUCUAAGUUGAGACAUGGCUGGCGUCUGGGUUUUCAAGAACAACGGGGUGAUGCAGCUCGUGGAGAAUCCCGGGUCCGACUAUGUUGAGGGUAAGCGCGGUGCCUCCAAGCAGAAGGUGUUGGUGCACCUACCGUCUGGGCAAGUGGUGUCCUCGUACAAAUCUCUUGACCAAAUUCUUCGGAAUUUGGGGUGGGAGAGGUACUACGGUGGCGACCCCGACCUCUACCAGUUCCACAAACACUCCUCCAUUGACCUCAUUUCUCUCCCCAAAGACUUCAACAAGUUCAGCACCGUUUAUAUGUACGACAUCGUUGUCAAGAACCCUAAUCUCUUUCAUGUCAAAGACAUGUAGUAAGUUUGCUGUGAUGGCUUGAUUUAUACAGCUUUGUAAAGUGAUUUCGAAAUUUCGUUUUUUUUCCCCUUAAUUUCUACUAUGGAGUUUGUAAUGUUCAUAAUUUUUUCUUUGUUUUAUCAAAUCGACAGUUCUUGUUGGA